AUGUUUUGGCGUUUCGGAGGUUAUGCAAGUAUCUCCAGCAUCGAUACCCUGCUAGACAAGCCUGAUGUCAGCCUGGAGGAGCUAUUGGACGAGUCGGAGCUGAUCCAGGAACUCAAGCAAAAUAAUACGAAGCUCAUAGAAUUCUUACGAGAAGAUAAUGUCUUGAAACGGCUUAUGGACUAUGUGAUCGCACCUUCGCUAGUCAAUGAUGAUGACGAAGACGAUGAGGCCAAUGACGGCAAUGCCACAGAGUCGAACAACGAUGCGUCGGCGCAGGAGACGAAACGGACAGACCCGCUUCGAGAUAUGCUGGAUCCUGAGGACUUGGAGCGGGCCGAGAAGGAUCGAUUGAAGCGGGCCUAUGUCGCAUGUGAAAUCCUGUCAUCCGAGAUCUGGUCGAUCGUGGAGUCGAUCAUGCUCAACCCCGAUCAUCUGAAGCACUUCUGGGGAUUUUUGAAACGUCCCUCGCCUUUGGAUUCCGUCCAGGCGAGCUACUUCACGAAAGUGAACGAGACGUUAUUUGACAAGAAGACGACAGAGAUGCUGGACCUGCUGAAAUCUAUGGACGGCGUGGUUUCAGCAAUUCUCCAACAUGUUGAUAACCCGAUGGUCAUGGAUCUCUUGUUGAAGAUUAUCAGCUUGGAGAAGGUCGAAGGUGGCCAAGGCAUCGUUGAUUGGCUGAGGUCUCAAAAUCUGAUACCAACCUUGCUGUCGUUCUUAUCACCAGAUUACCCUGCCUCUGUUCAGACCUCGGCGGGUGACUUUUUGAAAGCAAUCAUCACCAUUUCCGCCAACGCAACACAGAAUGAUCAGUCUUGUAUUGGCCCCAACAGCCUUACCCGGCAAUUAGUCUCCGCCACAUGCAUUGAGACAUUGAUCAAUUUCAUGCUAAAGGGUGGAAACCCCUUGACCGUCGGCGUCGGUAUCGUUAUCGAAGUCAUCCGAAAGAACAAUUCCGACUAUGACCCGGAGAACGUCAAUGGUCCGGACUCGCCGCCAACCACAUAUGACCCUAUCUACCUUGGCAACCUUCUCCGCCUCUUCGCCAAACACAUCCCGGAUUUCAUGGCAUUGAUCAAGAGCUCCAAGCACACUAUCAAUGACGGUGGUAAGGUGAAAACCGUUGAAAGAGGAAAGCUCAGCUCGGCAUGGGGCGCCAAAAUCGAGCCCUUGGGCUUCGAUCGCUUCAAGACCUGCGAAUUGAUGGCGGAAUUGCUGCACUGCAGUAACAUGGGUCUUUUGAAUGAGCCGGGAAGUGACCAGUAUGUGCAACAGCGCGAUGCAGAGCGCGAAAGACUGAUGCGUGAGGGGGCCUUCAACGCACACAGAGAAGAGACCUCCGCCUUCGACGGCAAUGACUCCACCGUGGACUUUGUAAAUGGGUCUGUUAUCGGGUACGGGUCUCCAGAAGGCUCGAGGGUUCUCGAAGUAGCAAACACUGGCGAGGAGAGCUUCGAGGACGUCAGCGCAUCCGGUGUUCUCAUCGACAAGGAGAAGGAUGCAGAAGUCAGAGAUGUGAAUCACCCGGGCCCUAAGUCUGAGCCUGAACCUGUUACGCAAAGCUCUAAAUCCGCCGACGCGUCAGACCAGACUGCUACCGAGGCGCCAGAAAGCAAGACGGCAGAUUCUACAGAGGCGCCUGCCACAGUCUCCGAUACUACCUCCGGUUUAGCAGCGCAAAUUGAAGAGGUCAGCCUUGACGGUAGCCAGACUACCAAGCCGGACGAGCCGUCUGCUGAGACUCCCCUCGAGCCAGCCCACCAGACGCAGUCUUCCCAUGAUGCGGUGCCUGACCUCGAUCAACAGGACCAGCCACCCAGCUCUUCCUCGCCUGAUACUGCUGGCCAGGUCGGCGAUGCUUCCCCUUCACAGCAGCACCUGCAUCCUGACAUUCAGGUUGACUCUAAUGGGCAUCCUGUGGUUGGCGACUAUCUCAAGAUAAUGUUUGUAGAAAAUCGGGUUGUCCCCACGAUCCUGGAUUUCUUCUUCCGAUUUCCAUGGAACAACUUCCUCCAUAAUGUUGUCUACGAUGUAGUACAACAGGUUUUCAAUGGCCCGAUGGAGCGUGGCUACAAUCGAAUGCUGGCUGUUGAUGUGUUCGAGACGGGCCGCAUAACGCAGAGCAUUUUCGAGGGACAGAAAAGAAGUGACGAAACCCAGCGUACGAAACGGAUUCGGCUGGGCUACAUGGGCCAUCUUACGCUGAUUGCCGAAGAAGUUGUAAAGUUCAGCGAACGCCAUCCCCCGGAGCUGCUUUCACCGACUGUCAUGGAAAGCGUCCUCAAUCCUGAGUGGAUCGACUAUGUCGAGCAGACACUCUCCGAGACACGAGAACGUGACAAUGCCAUCCUUGGUGGCGUACGACCGGACAUGUCCAUCGGGCACCGCCAAGGAAUGCUCAACUCAGGACAGAGCGCGAAUGCUUCUUCUGCUCUCGCAGAUGCAGGCUUGAAUGGCUCUACCGGGAACUCUGGCUUCCAGGGAUUCGACAUGAUGAAUCAAGGAAGCGUAUCGGGCGGAGCUUUCGGACUUGGUGGAAAUUCUCUUCUCAGCGGUUUCGCCAGCUCGAGCGAUGACGAAGACGAGGAAAUGGAAGACCAGGACGACAGACACCUGGCCGAUCAAUCCGCCGAAGGCGGCUCAGAGAAUGUGGAUAUGCUAACCUCGCUCUACUUUCAGGGAUCUGCCAACUCCACCAGCCAGCCGAUACCGAUUCUUCCCCCACCCCCUGCGCCUAUGAGCCAAGGACCGUCCCGUGCACGGCGGCAAUUGGCCGCUCGGCUCGCAGCUCAGAAGCAGCAGGCCAAUGAUGGUUCCGAAGGGGGCGAGGAGCGGAACUUUACCAACGAGCAUGAAACCUCCGAGUCUCAGUGGCCUACCAAUCCGUUUGUGAUUGCUGGCCUGGAUGAAGACGCGGAAGGUAACAACUCUCCAGCAAAUGCGGCGUUCCCGUCCACCGAUUUCCCUCCUAAUCACAAAGACGAGCCGUUCUCCUCGCCCACCUUUCCGGAGUCCGGUUUUAGCCCGCCUGACUCGUUCUCGACCAAUUCGUCCGAUGAUGACGGAGAAGGUCGAACUGAAGGCAUGCGACGCACGGAACGUGUCCCGCUUGAGGUUGAGGACGACGACGAUGACAUGGGGGAGAUGGUGGGACCCUCUGCUGAUCCCCGCAUGAUGGACUCAGACGAAGAGGAUGAGGCCAUUAUGAAUGAGUCGCUUGGCUAUCCGGACCUUGGUCCCGGACGCUACAUGGGCUUUUCUCGAUCUCGCAUGGGGGCCUCUCCAUUCGGUGGGGACGAUGACAACGACAGUAGCGACGGUGAGGAUGACGGGCUAGUUGAGAUCCUGGUGCCAGGCAGGAAGUCUUCGACAUCUUCCACGCACUGAUCUUCAUCCUUUUGUCUUAUUUACUUGAUAUCCUACGUACCUUCAGUUUUCUCUCCCGCGGAUUCCCUUUUUUCUGUUAUUGUGAAAUCUUAGUUUAUUACGUCUUGGGUGGCCGUUUGAUGAUGAUUUGGCCUGAUGGGGCCGGUAAGGGCCAUCAUAUGUAC